GAAGCCCGCAAAAUUCGUGAUAGAAGCGCACCACUCGGCAGUCUCACUAACUAAAAGUUGUUUUCGUAAGAGCAAUAAAAAAUAAAAAUAUAAAACCGUAAAACCGUAUUUGGAAGAAUGGAAUAGGAGUUAAAUAUAUAAUAAUAAAAACCAACAUUAUUGUUAUUUAAAUUUGAUUUAUUGACCUUUUCAAUGCAGUGAUCAAGGAUUGUUUGAGAUUCGAUAUUUGCAAAAAUUGGUGGUGCAUAUCUACUUCGAAUUUUUGAGCUCUGAAUGUACGAAUAAUUAGUCGACAAACGAUCUUGAUAACAGCUAAGUUGAGUGGUUCAGUGCUGCGCGAUAACAGUUCGUAAAAAUAAUUCAUGAGAAUGGCAUCUGCACAGAUUGAAAAAAUAUUGAAAAUCUACAAGUCAGUGGCACAGAAUCCUGCUUUGAUAUCUGCCAGAAUCACUUGGGUUAACGAGUCAGGGAUUACGGUACAAAGUACUUGGUCACAACGAAACCUUGAGAGACGAAUUUCUCAAAAAUUUUCUAGGGAGCACAUUCUUAAACCAGAUCUGCAAGUUGCCAAUGAACUCUUCCCUGUUGAUGUAUCCACCGAACUUGCGUCUGCCCUCUUCGAAGAUGGGCAGAAAAAAGCCAUUUUGCGAUCCGGGAUUGUCGAUAAUGUCACCAAGCAGUUUAUUGAAAUUUGGGACAGACAAAGAUUAGUGAAGAAUUAUGACUUAUCAGCUUUGGAUGUUCAUGGUGAUGUUUAUACUGACUCGGAAUUCGGAUCUUUUGAGUGGUCACCCGAUGCAACAAAACUUUUGUAUGUAGCUGAAAAAAAGCUUCCCAAGUGUGAACCAUUUUACAAGCAAAAACCAUUGGAUAAAAAAGAAAAGAAAGAAGAAGACGAAGUGUCACGGGGCAAUGAAUACGUGUUCAAGCCACAUUGGGGAGAACAAUUGGUCGGAAAACAUCGUCCAGUAGUCGUUGUUCUUAACACGAACGAUGAUACGUUAACCGUUCAGACCGGGAUCGCCGAAAAUCUUUCACCCGGUCAAGUAAUCUGGACACCAGAAGGUGAUGGUAUUGUUGGUGUGGCGUGGAUGCAUGAACCUCGAUAUCUUGGACUCAUGCACUGUAGCAACCGAGAAUCGUGGAUUUUUCUCUUAAAAAAUGGAGAUUACCGCAACUUGUCCGAUAACGGUUGUGCGGUUCGUUCGCCGAGAUUCAGUCCAGACGGAAAACAUCUUAUUUGGCUCGAAAGAGAAUCUGGUGGUCCCCAUCACAAUGCACAUCGGUUGAUGCAUCUGAAGUGGACACCAGAAUUAGGAAAGAGUGAAAUUCUCGUCGAUAUCGUGCGCAAUAAUAAAACAAUAAAUUUUGGUAAAAAAUUCUACGGUUUGUUCAAUCGAGGCUUUCCAAAGCGUUGCUGGAGCAGUGACUCAUCAUAUUUGUUCUUCAGCACCCCGCAACGACUUGUUGUGCGUUCUUACGCACUAAAUAUCGAGAAAAAAAUUCUGACAGAAAUCGAAAACGAUUUGAAGACCCUCAGUAUUCUGGACGUCCAUAACAAUAUUUUACUCUUUAUGGAAACUUCUGUAAUCGAACCUUCGGAACUAAUGAUUGGACGUUUUGAUGAAAGUUCCGUCCAUUCAAUAUCCAGAAAUUCGAUAACCCGGAGGAAUCCGAUUGAAGGAUUUGCAAAUUUUAUGUACGAUCCUCUCGAGCACGUGGCUCAGAACGACGACAAAGUCAGAGAAUUCAAUUCGAUGUACUUUGGGCCAAAACGUGGAGCUGACAAAUCUCAUCCGUUGGUAGUCACGAUACACGGUGGACCUCAUGGCUCCUAUUCCAAUUUAUUUUCUAUCGACACCGCAGUUCUCGCUCUUUUGGGGUUUGCAGUGCUGCAAGUCAAUUAUCGCGGUUCAGCUGGUAUGGGAGCCGAUAAUAUUGAAUUUCUUCAGGGACGAAUCGGUGACGUUGAUGUCAAAGACUGCGUCAAAGCAGUCGAAGAUGCCCUGAAAGAAUAUCCCUGGCUCGAUGCCUCCCGCGUUGCCAUUUGCGGAGGUUCUCAUGGUGGAUUUUUGGUCGCUCAUUUGAGUGGACAAUAUAGCGAUAAGUACAGAGCAGUCGUGAUGAGAAAUCCGGUGAUCGACGUCGCUACGAUGUCUACAAUUUCGGACAUCCCCGACUGUCGCAAUGCACUGUCUAAAGAUGAGAAAAUUGCAUUCCGUCACGUUGUGUGUGUAAGCGAAGCAAGUGGCUUUCGGUACGAUGAGGUGUUGCCGCGAAUGGAUAGUCCAGAGGCGACUGAAGUUUUUGUCAAAAUGCUCAAAUGUUCGCCCAUCAUUCACGUCGAUAAAGUCAAAGCCCCAACCUUGGUCCAAAUCGGCUCAAAUGAUCUUCGUGUACCACCCUCCCAGGGUAAACACUGGUACCAACGUCUCAAAGCCAAUGGUGUGAAAACCAGGAUGCACGUAUACGAUGAUAACCAUUCACUUGCGUCAAUGACCGCAGAAAUAGACGAAAUAAUCAACGCUGCCAUAUGGCUGAUGGACCAUACUACUGAAAAGGAGGGGCUCAAUUCGAUCGAAUAAAGAAAUUUUGCUACACGAAGAAAAAGAUUUCACAAAAUAUUCGUUUAUGAAUCGAGUCCAGUUUUGUUUUCCUUACAAUUUUAGUUUAUUCGACUCGAUAGCGAGAGAGCCAUCUCACAGUAUUUUACUACUUUUUCACUCGAGUGUAAAUAAAUAUUUUGGUAGAAUUAAAAAGUAAACAUAUCUCAAAAACACAAA